AUGGCGCAUCAUAACUAUAUUAGGAUGCAUGAUCAGCGUGAUCAACAUUUUCAAGAAGUGGAGGCUAAUCUAGAUGUUUUCGCUUAUGAAGAGCAUCAACUGGAGGAUAAUGUAGAAGAAGAUGAAGCUUCACUAUCACAAGAAAUGGUUGAAGUACGAGAUCAGAUUGCGACAAGUGUUAUGGGGCAAGGUUUUGUUGCAAAGUCGUUAACCAUAGAGAACUCGGCGGGCCCACAGAAUCACCAAGCUGCUGUAUUAUACAAUACAGCAAAUCAAUCGGCCUUUUAUAACUGCAUAUUCCUUGGCUACCAAGACACCUUCUACGCAAAGGAAAACCGCCAAUUCUACAAAGAUUACAAAAUCUACGGCACUGUCGACUUCAUCUUUGGCCAUGCUAAAGCCAUCUUCCAAGACUGUCACAUCUACGCUCGUCCGGAAACCUUAAUCACCAUCACCGCGCAAAACCGAGCAAGCGAUAGUGAGGUCAAUGGCUUCUCCUUCCAAGGCUGUCAUGUGGAAGCCGCUCCAGGGCUAACACCGCCGCAAAGGGCAAACUUGAGAGUCUUUCUCGGUCGUCCGUGGGAUAGGUACUCGACGGUGAUUUUCAUGCAGAGCAUUUUCGAUGACAUUGUGGACCCCCAAAGGUGGACGGAGUGGCCUGGAGUUCCCGUCGAUCACUUGUAUUACGCUGAAUACGACAAUAGCGGUCUCGGUGCCGACACUUCAAAGAGAGUGAAUUGGAAAGGUUACCAUGUCGUCAAGAAGUGGAUGGAAGAUGAUUGGUUUACGGUGGCCAAGUUUCUUGAUGGGAAUAGCUGGUUACCUGAAACUGGUGUACCUUAUAGGAGUGGAUUACGUAUUGUAAGUUGA